AAUCGGCAGUCGCAAGUGUUUCAUGGGCGAGUUCUAUUUGUGCGGCGCAUCUCUAAUUCUGAUGGCUUGCAUCCCUGUGGUAAACUAAACAUAAUUGUUGAUAUUAUUGUAUUGGCUCAUUUUCUGUAAAAUGGAGGAGAAUGAGAGCACGUCGGAGGCGCAGAAUAACGUUGCAAACGGAGAUGAUGACGCGACAUACCAGCAUAAGUUGGAACUACUCCAGGCCGAGAUGCGUAAAAUGCAAAACGAGUUUAAUACGCAGCGUGCCAAAAUGAAGGAGCUGUACAUGCAAAAGGAGGCGGAGCGAAAGCAGCUGCAAGACGAAUUGAAUGAGUUGAAGACGCACGUCAUGGUAGCAGAUCUUAAGUGCGAGAACGAAAUGCAGUUGAAGGAUAUAAAGGCGCAAGAGGAGAUAUCGUCACUGCAACAGCUGGUGCAGGACACGAUCGAAGAAUCGGCCAUAUACAAAGCAGAACUGGAGCGCAUAAAAGUAGAACAACUGCGACUGCAACAACAGCAACUUCAACAGAUGCAGCAAAUAGCUACAGCCGAGCCAUCCGGCGGGCUAGCGCCUCAUGUUCUUAACCAGGUGAAGAAAACACUCGGAUCUGUGCGAAAACUAGGCAGCGAGUCUUUGAACAACAGUUUUCAACAGGAGAGUGCCGACAGCAACGCGCGCGGUUCAAGCAAGUCAAAUGCCAACCAAUAUGCCCCCGAAGAUGCCGAAAUGAUGCACUCUAUAAUUGAGCAACUGCAAGCAGAAAUGAAAGCGCUAAAGGAAAAGCUGCGUGAAGCAGACGAACAGCUACAGGCUAAAGCUAGCACCUCACAGCGGACGGAGGAAGCAACAGAAUCGGUCCUAGAUGGAGCAAAUGCCAUGCACAAGUCCACUUCAACAGAUUUGGUGGAAGACAGUGCAGCCUGUAGUAGCUGUAAUACGACUGAGCAGCGUGCAAAUGAUUUGGCAGCUCAGGUGAAGCAACAGCAAAAGCAGUUGGAUAUACUGCAAAAGCAGAUUACGGAGGCGCGGGAACAGUUGAGCAAGGAAGCAGCGCUGCGCAAUGACUUGGAGAAUCAGUGGCAAACGAAGCGGGAGGCACACAAGACCGAAGUACAAAACCUUCGCGAGCAAGUGAAGAACAACGAGCAACAACUGUUGGAUAUGCAACAAAAGUUCCUCGAGACCAAGGAGGAGGUUAUGCGAAAUCUACAGCGAGUGACCGACGAUCGUGAAAGGGUCAACCAGCAUCUAGAGACACUGCAGGCUGACAAUGACUUUCUGUCCGGUCGAUUUCUGGCGACAUCCGAGGAAAUUGAGAACCAAUACAUUAAUCUCCCAAACACUGUGGUCGAGCUGCAGGAGUUAAUUCUGCGACAGCAGAACGAACUGAUACAGGCCAGAGUUAGCAGCGAAUAUGAGAAACAGAAGUGCGUCAGCUCGCUGGAUGAGAUUCAUUUAUUGCGCGCCCAGCUCGAAGAGAGCAACAAUGAAAAGCGAGCCUACAAACGCAAAGUGCAAUCAGACAUUAAGUCACUACAAGAUCGCAUCACGGAACAGCUGAUCGCAGAGCAGUCGCACGAGUCAUCAAAGACACUUUUGGAACGCAAAGAGGCUGAGCUGAACAAGCAGCUGUCCGAGUGCCGCGUUGAGAUUAUAGAACUACAGGAAGCAAACGAGAAACUGACAAAAACUAAUGUAGACUAUAAGGCCAAGAUAAAGACGCUUCAGGAGGAGUUGUCCACAAUGGAAACGGUGCAAAAAGAUUUUGUCAAACUGUCACAAAAGCUACAGAUGACCUUAGAGGAGCUGCGGCAUGCUGACACCGAGGUGCGCUGGCAGGACGACGACGACGUCACCAAUUGUCCCACAUGCAACGCCGGCUUCACGGUGAUGGUGCGCAAAAUCCAUUGCCGCCACUGUGGACACAUCUACUGCGAUAAAUGUCUAACGAAAACGGUGCCAUCGGGACCACGGAAACGUAUUGCCCGCGUCUGUGAUAUUUGUCACACUUUGCUCACGCCACACACCGCUCCCUACUUUAGUCACGAGCCACAGCAGACGAAUUAGUUAAUUUACACUAUUCUAUAGCGCUGGCAAAUAUUUAUUGUUAUUUUCUCUAUGUAUGUACUGUGUACUAUAAUUCCAUUCUUUCUUUUUUGUUGUAUCUGUAUCUGUUAUCUCUGGAUACUUUGUGUCCUCGUCAAAUCGAACCGAGUCAUAUCCAAACGCAAAAGUGCGCUAAGAUUUCAAAUUGUAUAUGCUAUAUAUGUAUAUAUGUAUAUACAUAUACAUGUGUGUAUGUAUAUAUAAAUUUGCAUGUAACUCAGUCCUCUAGUUUAAUGUCGUCUUAUUAUGUCGUGUUAGCUAUUUUCUAGAUAAGUUUCCAAUUAUUGAAUUUUGAACGCAAGCAAAGCAACAAUAUAAGAAUAAAA